AACAAUAAACAAUACUGCGUCAUGUCGCCAUUACACAGACGUGACUACUCAUAUCAGGACAAACCGGAAUUACAAUUGUAUCAAGCAAAUACCUCCGCGUGUUGUCUUAAUCACUAAUUGUAUACCUUAGAACAAUGUCGUUUGUCAACAGGUAAAACCCAAUCACAGGUAAACAGCAGCUAUAGGCACAUUGGAGUGAGUGAGAAGGCGGGGUGAUCAAAAGUCGGAAAUCCAUCGAUUGGAAGAUAGUGUUUAUGUGUACACGUUGAAUAGAUUUGUCAACAGAAAUAUAUACUAUAAAUUGAGAAGAAAAUGUCGAAGAAGGAAAGGAAAAGGGUUUUGGCAGAAAUUUGGGGAACACCAACCGCCCGUGACAUUGACUUCUUUGAUGAAGGAAACGAGAUCGUUGUGACAUCGUCACAUCGGGAAAUCGCAGCAUGGUGGAUCGACAUCUUCCAAGUUGUCUAUCCCGACGUCACAUGUUCCGAGAAAAGAGACAUUAUCAAACUGAAACCGGUACAUGGAGUCAGCUUAAAGUUGAACAAGGCAAAUGGUAUUUUGAAAGUCACCGGCAAGAACCACUGGAAUUGGUUCAUUGAGAACUUCAACAGUCUUCUUGAACAUGGCAACGACAACGUGGAAAUGUUAACUGAAGCGUCGGAGAGUUCCGUCACACGAUUCCUCCAGCUCAAUAAAGAUGACGAAGAGGUACAAGAUUUGUUGGAUAUGAUCCCCGAGGGUGGAGGAAUUAUGGGGCAUGACUUCAUCAUGCGUGUAUGGAAAAGUCUGAUCGACGACUGGUGUGGGGUUGGAGCCUGUGUUUACGUGGUUACGCCCAAGAUAGACUCCGAACGCCUUUUGCAAGUCAUGUUAUUGAUGAUACGCAACAAGGGAACAGGGUUCAAGGUCACCCUUGUUACCCCGACAAAGUCAGAUGGGGAGAAGUUUUCCAAUGUGAUGGACAAAACCAAACGGAGAAUGAAAGAAGUGAAGACGGGCCGUGGCACACGGUUGCUCUCCGAUGUCAAAAUGGAGUGGGUUGAGAACAGUCUUGAAGUGCGACAUGAGGAUUUUUCCACAAACUUUAUCGCAGCAUAUAAGGACAGUGAGGCUGAGGUCUUGACUACCACUGCACAUUUCCAUAAGAGUCAUUUCCAUUUCAACCAGAAAGACAAUGUCUGCUACAACCGACUCCCAACGUCAGACCUGAAACGUAAUUAUCUCUUUCCGCUGGGGAUUGGGAAUAACAUAUUUUGAAGUGUCAGUGACAAAAGCAGUGAGCCUGUGUUGUCCCAAGGAUGUGAGUGAUUGUCUCUGUGUCGAACUUACACUGCAAAGUGCCAUAUGGAACUAUUCCUUGAGAUGACGUGAAGAUGGAGCAAUACCUCAUGGUCAUGAAGUACUGACAUUUAUGCAAUGGCAAAUAUACCUGUUUAUUGCAUGUGAUUGUUUUAAACUUAACAAAUGUGUGAAUAGGACAGAUUUUGAGUGUGAGGAAUCAUUGACUCAAGUUUAGUUCUUUCGAAAUAUUCAACUUUUCAUUUCAGAGGUUUUUUGCCCAAUUGCGAUAUUGUGUUUUUUGCUUACUCGUCAUGCUCAUGAUGCUGUUAGUGUUAUGUUGUUGGGAUCCUUGAUUUUUGUUAUAUACUACUCAGAGGAAGUUAAAGAAUACCCAAUUUUUCUUAUGACUGUUGCAACACACAGCCUUCCAAUUGUGGGUGCUCUUUAAUUUGUUUAAAGUAGUAUAUAUUUCCACUCAACUUUUGGUAUAGUUAUUCUGAGUGUAUAGCAUGUCCCGUUUGGAACACAAAUGGCAUUCAAUAUUGCUGUGGAAGUGGCUGAUUGUCUGCUUCAUUUGACGUUAUCCGAAAUGAAAACACAUAUUGGUUUAGCUGCCCUGAAGACUACCAGUAGUAUGAGACUUCUCAGUAUCCCUAUCAGAAGUUGAGUAGUGUAAUCCUUAACACAACGUGUUUGAAAUGUUUAUCGUAUUGUACAAUAUUACCCUUUUGUUCAAAUAUGAUUUUGUGAAAGCCAGUUCUUGAAUUUGACAGCAAUAAACAAUACCUCUAAGCAUGCUCAGUCUCAAGCUAACGAUACAGAGUCUGAAGGAAUCAUGACUGACAAGGGAUCAAUAAGCUUUACUGUUGGUUUGUUUGUUUAACACUGCACUCAGCACUAUUCCAGCUGAAUGAAUGGGGGUCUGAAAAUAAUCAAGUCUAGACCAGACAAUCCAGUAUGCAAUUGGGACACGAUGACAUGCAUCAACCACUUAAAUGAACUUGACCACCUAAUCCCAUUAGCAUGGUUAGUCGCCUCUUGCAACAAGUAUAGUCACCUUCUAUGACAUAAUGGGAUAUCCUCAGAUCUUUCAGUGAGAUUGACUAUGACUUUGUUAAUUGCUUGAUGGCAGCGAUCUUUUCACUCUUUUACAAAUUAAAACUUGUCUCCAUCAUAUGAAAAACAGUUUAUUCUUAUUCUGCAGUAAAUAUGUUAUGUCGCCACUUAUGACAGCACCCAGAUUUAAGCAUGCUAAAUCCAACAUGGUUAGCAUACUUGCUAUUAGGGAUGUAACAGUGCCCCUUGUGUUGCAAAGGCGAGUAUGUUUGUUGUAAAAGGUGACUAUCGGGAUUGGGUGGUCAGGCUUGCUGACUUGGUUGAUGCAUGUCAUCGAUCCUACUUGUGUGGAUCGAUGUUCAUGAUGUCGAUCACUGGAUUGUCUGGUCCAGACGCGAUUAUUUACAGACUGCCGUCAUAUAGCUGGAAUAUUGCAACAAACAAACCAAACUUGUAUUGCAUGACUCAACAUCCAUCACCUGUUGUAUUGCAUCAUGGGAAUGUGGCACAGGUUGCACAGUCGUAAAACCUGGGGGUGUCAUUGAUUGGAAUUUUUAGUAUUGAUUUAUCCACAUAAAAGUAUCACAAUAUAUCUAUAUAUUGAUUAGGAAUAAUAUUAAUUAUUCUGUAUAUGUAUGAAUAAACAUUACCUGCAUUGACCUUCAAUUAAUCGAUUUAAAGUUAAAAACAAACUAGGCUGAUCAAUCAUGUCAAUUAGACAUUUAAAGUUGAACUUUCUGCCUUCUCAUUGUCCAUCUUGACCAUAGUAACCUUAAGGAAUAAUGACAUUUCUGUGGCAGUAAAUUUGUAUCAUUGACAUAAAAUAUUACUGAUAGUACAUUGAUAUCUCGAUGUAUAAUCACAUCCCAGAAGGUGGCAUAAUUCACUGAGUUGUGUCCCUUAGGCAUGCCAGAAACCUAUUACAUGUAUCAUGGGUUUGAAUCCAGAUUUGCCCGGAUUAUGUUUCUAGGUUUGUCAGAAUCAUAACAAUGCUUGUGGGAUUACCCAAGUUGUAAACAUCUAAGACCCACAUUACUUAGAGAUUUCCUCCCACAUGACACUCUGUAAUAUAACUAGGGGCGGUGGGGAGGCCUAGUGGUUAAAACGUUCGCUCGUCACGCAGAAGGCCAGGGUUCGAUUACUCUUCAGGUAGUGGAGUUACACAUGUUCGUUUACUCUUCAGGUAGUGGAGUUACACAUAUUCAAGUACUCCAAUAACGUAUCCAGUGGCAUUAUCAUCAUCACCAUGGUUACACAUGUGAGAGUGCUUUUUACAACCAUAAACAGAGAUUGCAUCAUGGUUGUAGCGUUUUCCUUUGAUCUCACCUCUAGACAUGUUGAAAGGACCUUAGAAGGCGGAACCCUUCUGUGAACAGCAUGUAUACUUUUUUCAGUUCAGCAUUCGUUUGCUUUAAAAUAUGUGACAUAGGACCUGUGAAACACAGCCACCAUCACCACCAGCACGGUAACCAGUACCAGGAUGCAUGUUCCAUAUUGAAUGGCGGGACCAGUGUAACAUGGAAUAUUUUGAGAAGUGGUGAUAGCAGAGGAGUUGCUUCUCUGAAAAUAUCAUCCAUUAGCUGUGUGCAGACAUUCAAUAAAUGUGGCUGAUUUUCUUUUCAACUAAAAAUAUAUUCCAUGAAUAUGUGUGAUAAGGACAUUUUGGGUGCCUAGGUGGGUACUGAAUAUGACUUGGUUGGGAGUUAUCAUACAAAUAGUAUUCUAAAUUCCUUUGAGCUUUGUCAUAUUUUUUAGAUUCAUUUCAAGAUCUUUCAAUUUAUUAUAUAUGCUGGUACAUAUUUCCAUUAUCUAUGAAUUAUCUUGUCAAAAGUGGAGUUGUAUAACAAGGCUUAUAGGAGCCUCAACAUGCUCAAGGUCUGUGAGAAUUCACACUGGUGUCAAUUGAUUGUGAUAUGAUUUGCUUUGAGGGGCUAUAAAUCUAUGAUUGUUUUUUAUAUUGUGUUUAUUACAUAUCAUUAACAAUGUACUGAUCACAGGGUAACAAUGUGACAGAAUGGCCCAGAAAUAAGGUCAAUAUUUAUGUAGCAAAUUUAAUAGAAUAUUAUAUUUGUGUGAUAUUUAUGUAUAGCAUUCACGACUUUUGAUUUAAGUCAAUGCAAUAGUGUUAGGUGAGCCAAUUAUGAGAAAUAAAUAAGUGAUUUUAGCAUCUUUACAAGCAACCAUUAUCUUGUUUGUCAAAGGAUGGACGACGACAAUUAUAUCAUCUUACACGUAAAAUGCUUGAAUUUUAUUGGUCAAUAACGUGUAUAACUAGAAAUAAUAUACCCUGCCGUCAUGGCAACAUACAUUUUCGUUAUCUCUCCUAAUAGAGAAAUAGAGAUAACGGGAUCGCGUGGUCAGGCUCGCUGACUUGGUUGGUGCAUGUCAUCGAUCCCAAUUGUGUGGAUCGAUGCUCUUGAUGUCAAUCACUGGAUUGUCUGGUCCAGACUCGAUUCUUUACAGACCGCCUUCAUAUAGCUGGAAUAUUGCUGAGUGCGGCGUUAAACAACAAACAAAUAAUAGAGAAAUGUUGUCACGUAAUGUACAGUGUAUAAACAUAGGCUUUGAAGUAUGUGUCUACUGGAGGUCACCUGCAGAUGUGGCAACAAACAUUUCGCAUUCCAAUCAUCUUUUGUUUUCAAAUUGUGGUAUAUGAUAAACAUGGGGGGUUAAAAAAAAUGACUGUGUCAUAGCAACCUUAUGAGAGGUGAAACGUUCAAGUGAGACCUGCUGAGAGGUUUUUCAUUUGAAUUGUAAGACCUGCUUGGAGGUACUUGGUAUCUGCAGACUUUUCCCUCGCUUACCACGGGCAGAUCCAGAUAUGGGUCAGUACUCCCCCCACCCACCCACUCCUUUUGAAGACCAAAUGUAUGUUGUAAUCAGUAAAAUUAUCUAAGAGAGGGUUUUGAUAAUUUGGACCCCUCCCUUUUAUAAAUGCUGGAUCUACCCAUGCUCGAGGCUUUACAUUUUCCACCAAAACCUUGGAGUUGUUUUUAUCUAUAGCAACUAAACAGUUGUGAUUAAUGCCUUCAGUUGUUGUUUACCUUCGUUUUGAGAAAUGGUUUCAGAUUACUGGUUCUAUUAAGCUGUGAUGUAACACUUACAGUUUGACUUGUACAUAUGUGAUUGAUACUUAUAUUUCCUUUGUUAAAUAAAUUACAUCAAACAAUA